UAUUGUAUUGAAAAUUUUUGCCAAUUCAUUCCUUCUCUGAAUAGGGUGAAAUUUAGUGUAGAAAACACCAUAAACUGGUAAAUUGGUAGAAAACACCGAAUAUUUAGGUCAUUUACGACUUCCUACACUGAUUUGGUGGAAAUGAAUUAAACUCCAAGCAGAAAUCAUGCCGUUUCACCUUCACUUUGACUAGCUCCCACUGAGGACAUUUUGAUUUAGAAGAAAUCAGGGUAACUUGAGUUCCCAUAAAAACUCCAUUCAGACUUUCUAAAAGGUUACCUUGAGAGUGUUGGGGUUAAGUUUUCUGGACUUGCUCUUGAAUCCUAGAGCAAGUUAGGGUAAUUAGGCAGUUUUAGGGACAUUGCAGGAGGGAACCUCUGAAGAGUUUAGGAAGCCUUCAGAGAUAAGGGCAACAAGAGGAAUGUAAUUAAUUCCACUGGGAAUAAUAAACAUCCCAGGACCAAGGGCAACAUUGUUAACACUGGCCUUGGUUUCCCUCAGGUGAUAAAGGGAUGUGGAGUUUGGGGAAAUGGAGAGUGGUUUAAUUUAUGGACAAAUUAGGAGGGCAGCAGACUCAUGUCUGGUAGACCACCGUCCUCCCCUUUGUCUGAGCGCAGGGAAAUUUAUGCAAGGGGGAGAUGAGAAGGGGUCAGCACCAGUGGGCGCCAGCCUGUUUUUCUUCAAUAGCUGAUGUUUAACUUUCUCUUCCCUGGAAUGCAGGGGUGCUCAUCUGGGAGACUGGGCCAUAAAGAUAAAUCUGUCAAACAAGGGGGAAGGUGCAACAAAUGGGGAAAGACAAACCUGUUCCAUAAGGAAUGUGAAGAUCCCCCGCUCAGUAGCACAUUAAGUGAGACAGCCUAGAACUAACCAAUCACAAAAAGACUGGUGGAGCUUUAGAAUAAUGAGGGAAAGAAGGUAUAUAUUCCCUGAGACAGGACUCCACUUUGGCUUCUUUGCCCCUCCCAGGCCUGGUUUCAUGGGCUGGGAGUCCCACUUUAUUUGUUUCCUUUUCUCCUCACUAAACUUUUUCUUUCUCUAAACAAACCUGCCUCUUCUCGCUUGCUUGCCUGAGCGUCUGCGAAGUUCCUGCUGCUGCUUCGUGAGACACCAACCCGUGGCGGGUCUAGUGGCUGGGGCUCAGCGCUGCCCCUGCAGCCUGGGAUCCGUUCCUGGCUGGGAGACUAGGCCUGACAAUUCCGGCUGGUCAUGAUGUCUAAAGGUCAGACAUCUGUUUUGGAUAAUAGCUUUCGAAUGAAGCUUCUGAAGAUCGAUUCACAGCUGGAGGAGGAAGAAGUGGAACAUCUAAAGUUUCUCUGCCAAGUUUUUGUCUCCCCGAAGAAGCUAGAGAAUUGCAAGUCAGCCUUGAACAUUUUUGACCAUCUCUUGGCUGAGGAGUGCCUAAGUGAGGAAGAUCCCUUCUUCCUUGCAGAACUCCUGUAUACCAUCAAGCAGUUUUUGUUGCUGCGGCACCUUGACUACAGCAAAGAGCAAGUGGAGCAUUUGCUGCCCACUCGAAGGAGAAUUUCUCUGUUCAGAACCCUGCUAUAUGAACUAUCAGAAGAUAUCAACCAGGAGAACUUAGAGGAAAUGGUCUUCAUUCUGAAGGAUAUGAUUCCAAAAACCCCUAAGAGCUCUCUAAGUUUCCUGGCAUAUUUAGAGAAACAAGCUCUAAUAGAUGAAGACAAUCUGAACUUACUGGUGGAUCUCUUCAAAAACACUAAGCCUAUCCUUAUGAGAAAGAUAGAAAAAUAUAAAAAAGAGAAAGCCAACCAGGUUGUGAUAUCACCUAUAAAGGAAAGUGAGUCAUUGUAUCAAGGAAAUGAAGAACUCUUUUCUCCUUCAGAAAUUAAAAGCUUCUCCAAAGCCUUGCUGGAGGCAGAUGUGUAUAGGAUGGAUGGAAUAUUCAGAGGUCACUGUGUCAUUGUCAACAAUGAAACUUUUACUUCCCGGAAACCUAGACGAGGCACCUGUGCAGAUGCUGAGUUCCUGUCCCAUGUAUUUGAUUGGCUUGGGUUUGCCAUAGACAGAAGGGAUAAUGUGACUAAGGAAGAGCUCGAGGGUAUUCUGAAGAAAUACCAGCACUUUCCGGACCAUGCUAAGGGAGACUGCUUUGUGUUCUGUGUUCUGACCCAUGGGGAUCGUGGAAAAGUCUACACUUCAGAUGAGUUCCUCGUUGGCAUUGAGGAGAUCAUGUCUCAUUUCACACUUCAGCAGUGCCCUGAUCUGGCUGGCAAACCCAAACUCUUUUUCAUCCAGGCCUGUCAGGGUAAAGAGAAACAGCCUUCCUUACCCAUUGAGGCAGAUGCUAUAAAUCCUGAGCAGCUAAAUCCUGAACAUCUUUCCCAUCAGAAAUAUCUUCCCGAUUGGGUGGAUAUGCUUCUUGGCCUGUCUACUGUCCCUGGCUUUGUUUCUUAUCGGCAUGCAUAUACAGGCAGCUGGUAUAUUCAAUCUCUGUGUCAUCGUCUACAGGACAUGGUCCCAAGGCAUCGUGACAUCUUAACCAUCCUCACUGCUGUCAACAAAGAUGUGAGUGAAAAAGAGGAUUCACAAUCACCUGGAACAAAGAAACAAAUACCCCAGCCUUCUUUCACACUGCGUAAAAGACUAAUAUUCCCUGUUCCGCCCCAAAAGUAGAGAGUAGAGAAUUUUCAUCAACUUUUAGACUUGAAAAAAACAGCUCUUCCAGCCUCCUACCCAGCAUAAGAAUCAGUGACAGAUGUUAUCUACCUGUCAUUCUAGUAAUAGAAAAUGCCCAAUUUUCAGACACACCGUAUUUUGUUUUCUUUUCACCAGUGUAAAUGUUGCAACACUUUCUUUGUUGAAGCCUUGGGUUGUAGUCAUGUUUUUAGUUGUGCACCCAGAGGAAAAAAAUAAUUUGACCUUUAUUUGUACAUCUGUGAAGUAAAAAAUUAUGGCUAGGUACGUUUAUAGUUUCUUUUAGCUUUAGGAACUAUUAUCCUUAGCCUAGACUGAACCUCUUUGUAUGACCAUUCCUUGUUAGAACUUGGUCUCCUCUGCAUCCUCUUGUUUUGGACAUUGGAUGAUGACAAGGUCAUGGUUCUCUGACCUUCUCUCUGCUCUCCCCUUCCUAAGGGGGUUUCUUUAAUGCAAUGUAAGGGAGGUAUUCCUGCAGGCCAUCUCUUUUGGACUGGGAGCAGUGUUGGCUCUAGGAAAGUGACAGUUCAAUGUGAAGAGAGGCACAUGCGGCUACUCUGGGAGCAGAAAUGUUACAAACUGAUAUCAAAUUCCACAUUAAUCAGAAGCUUUUGGAUGCCAGUGAUGGACUAUUCGGUUCUAACCAACUAAAACAAAGAAGGGGACGUAUUGCCUCUUUCGCCCGUAGGUGCACGGAAUGGUGGUGUCAGCUCCAGGUGAGGCUUGGACCAGGACUUUGUAGUGCUGUGUCUCUUUCUCUCGGUCAGCUGUCCUCUGGGUUGGCAGCUGCAGGUACUGAUGACAGACAAAGCCCCCACUUUGUCAUUAACCUGGUCUGCUCCUCUGGCCCAAAGAACAAAGAGAAAGGUAUUUUGAAGUGAAUGUCCUCUGUCCUUCACCAGAGGUGUGUCUUGUGCACUAUGCCUUGUGAAGGGAGUGCCUUUUUAUAGAAGCCUUACUACUUUUUAAAUUAAGGUUUUGAACAGCUUUAUGUUCUUUUUCAAUUUCAAGAGGAAGUAGUUUUCUUUUUUAAUUCCUAGAAGAAGGUCUAUUAAAAGUCCUUUGGUUAGUACUUUCAUUGUAGAUGAGGAAAUGGAGGCUUGAGAAGCAAAUCAAUUUGCUAGAGUCCACUGACCAGUUACUGUUCACAGGAUUGUAUUUCCCACUCAAGUGAACUAGACAUACAAGAACUUUGUGAACAUUUCUUGGGAUAUGCAGGUGCUCAUGGAAGAUAACAAAGAAUAAGGAAAAAUAACUGAGUAGUGCCAGAUUUUAUUACUAUUUCUGUGAAAGUUAAUUUAUGGUAAAUUUACUAUGAGAAAUAUUUAUAGCAACCUUGUUAUAAUAUAACUAGUAAUUACAUGGGUUUGAACAGAGCUUGACCAAGGAGAGUAAUCUAAUACAUAUGUCAGGAAAUCUUCAACCAUUGUUCAUAUAAAGGCAAAGCUUGUGGUUUGUCCAGUUGGAUAUACACAACUUUUGGCCAACAUCGUCUGCAAUUGAAAGAUAGUAUGGUGCAAAGGAAAGAGCAAAGGAUCAGGAAAUAGACACCUUGGGUUUCUAUUUUGUCCUAGGAUUCCUUUGGUUUGAGACUCUAGCUCAAGUUAGCUUUUAGAGCUUUAUCUGUAAGGUAGAGAGAAUAUACAUUUUUAAUGUAAUAGCUAUUGACAGUGUGUUUUCUUUAAAAAGUAUUUUAUUAUUUUUACUGAGGUAACAUUGGUUUACAACAUGAUUUGCACCUCUUCAGAUGCAUGUUAUGAUUACAUGCACCUCUUCAGAUGCAUAUUACCUCACCACACCCACCACCAAAGCACCCACAAUCCUCCACCAUGAUCCAUUGUAUCCCCUUCCCUCUUUGCUGACCUUUCCCUCCCCUCUCCUUCUGGCAGCUGCAGCUCUGCAGUCAGAUUUCUAGUGUUUGUUUUGGUGUAGUUUUUCUUUUCCUUUGUUCUGUUGUAAAUGGCAAGAUUUCAUCUUUUCUUUUCCUUUGUUCUGUUGUAAAUGGCAAGAUUUCAUCUUUAAAAAAAACAGCUGAAUAGUAUUCCAUUGUGUAAUAUAACACCUUUAUCCAGUCCUCUAUCCUUGGGCCCUUAGGCUGUUUCCAUAAUGAGGCUGUUGUAACUAGUGUUGCAAUGAACACAGGAGCGCACUUAGCCCUUCAAAUAUGUUCAGGUAGUUCAAAUGCCUUCAGGUAGUUACCAAGGAAUGGAAUUUCUAGAUCCCUUGGUGGGUCUAUUUUUAAUAUUUUGAGGAACCUCCAUACUGUUUUCCAUAAGGACCGGACCAGUCUACCUUCCACCAAAAGUAUAUGAAGGUUCUUUUUCUCCACAUCCUUCCCAAUACUUGAUUUUUCUGCUUGUUUGUUUUUUUUUUAAUCUGGGCCACAGCACUAAGGUAGUACCUCACUGUGGUUUUACUUUGCAUUUUCCUGAUGAUGAUAAUGAGCAUUUUUUUUUUCAUGUUUCUGUUGACCAUGUCUCUACAUCUCUAAAGUAGAGGGAGUAUCAUCUAUGAAUCUAUGGGGAGGAUUAAUAUCUAAUUGUUGUGAGAUGUGCGAGAACUUUAGGAGGUAGCAUGUUCUGGUUGUAACCUGAAUGGAAAGAGCAGAGUUUGAAUUCUUUUGCUUUUAAUUCCAGCUGACUUUUAGUUGCAAAUUAACACUAGCAAUACCCAAUGACAUCCUGUGAGUGAGGACCUGCUUCUUCCCUGACUGGUUCAUACAGUAUCUCCAGCAGCAAGACUCUUGGCUGUAAGUCCAUGGACCAAGUACUGCUGGUGAACUAACUCCCCUUCAUCAGAAACAUUGAGGGCUUGGUGUUUAAGUCCUGGGUCUGUGGUCUGGUUCUUAUUUCUGUGUUUCUGGAGACUCCAGGAAUUGUGUUUUCAGAAGCCUUCAGCAAGCUCUGUAGGAGUCAUUAGAUUUCAUGCCUGUGAUUCACAGGUUAAUACAGACGAUACCAGGAAGCAGUCAUCCUGAGCUCAUUUCUCCUAGAUUGAGGGUAUACACUUGGUAUACACUUGUCCCUGGUCUGCAAUUGCUCUGUGUGUGUGUGUGUGUGUGUGUAAAAGAGAGAGAGAGAGAGAGAGAGAACAAAGGACAUGAUUUGCUCACAGCAAUUUGGCGGUGGCUACAGCCAUUUUUCUGUCCAGACAUUUACAAAGGAAAUGGGCAGAUUGAGUGAGGUUUCCAUCUAUUUGCUUAUUUUGCUUACCUUACAAGCACUGCAGUUAUUACUAUUAUUUUAAAUAGAAAUAGAUAUAAGGAAAAGUUUAUUAAGAAGAAAAGGAACAGAAACAAAGUGGGACUUCCAGGCUGUGGAACCAGGCCAGGGAGAGGUAAGGAAGCCUGAAGUAAUUUUUUUUUUCUUUUCUUUCUCUGAAUUUGGCUUCUACCAAACAGAAUGAAGGGCAUGCAAAUAUUGAUAAAGUAUUAUGUAAUUGUUAAUUAUUUAAUACUGAUAAUAUUGGUGUUUAUUAUUACGCUGUUAGUUACCAUAGCAUUCUGCUUCAGGAACUCACCUUAGUGGUGGGCAGGGUUGAUGCUAUAGGAUUUCCCUUAGCAAUGCAUUAUAGUCUGCCAAUACUCAGGUAAUUUAAAUAUCUGUGCAACUGGUAUAGUGUGGAUACUGAUCAAUCAGAGCAGACACUGACUAGUCUAGCACAAAGGUGGAUUCUGCUUCAUAGGUGCUCUUUACUAGUGAUCAAAUCUCUGUUGAAUCAGAUUAGGAGUUUACCUUAUUUUAUAAAUAACUUUGGUGCUGUAUUUGAUUCACAAAAUCCACCAGGUCAGAUACUUUCUGAAUUAUCUAGUCAGGUUGUCCUCAAACUGUAAUGCUUGGUUUCUUAGGUGUUUGUGAACUUAUCCUCAGCAUGUGAGACCUCCACCUUCAUUGUUAAAAGUUGUAAUUCUUUUUGGUGAAGAUCUUUAAAGUUAAUAGAAGUUCAUCCUGGCUUUCUGUGGGAGCACGUUGCGACUCACCUGCUGUGCUCCCAUCCUGUUAUUCAUGGAAAGUGAUGAACUUUACAAUGAACUUAAAAAAAAAGAUUUAUUUUUAUUUUAUUUAUGCAUAGAAGAACUGGGGUGUAGGUCACAGGUACAGAGGGUAAGAGGAUUCACCAGAGACAGAGUGGGGAGCAGAACAGGCAGAUGUGCUGAAAUACUCUCCUAAGGAGAGCAGCAGGAGAGACAGGAGAGGUCUGCUGCGCCAUAUGUGGGUUAGCAACCUCACCAGGGGUUGAACUCAUGCAGCAGUGGCUGUCGAUAGCUUGAUAGUGCUGAGACUUUAAACCCUGCACCACCAGGGAGUCCCUUUACAAUGAACUUUUUAAUGUAGCUGCAUAAGGGUCUGUGGCUAGAGGACCUCAGAUUUCUUGUCAGAUUCCAGAGGUUAAUGUACUUGAAACCUCUAGUCCACUCUUUCAUCCCAUGAUAGACUCCUAUUUCACCAUGCCUCACCUCUGUUUAACGCUUCCAGUGGAGGUGGUGCACACUACAGUCAGCGUUUGGGAUUUGGGAGCUUAUCAGGAUCCCAGAGACCCUGUGCCCAGCUUUCAGAGUGCUAAGUGACUUACAACUUUUAGUGGCGAGUUUUCGAUCCUGCUGCUUGGUUUCACUUCUGCAGAACUUUACUUAAAACUUGAACCUAUUUAAAACCAUUGGUUCUCAUCCUAAAUUCUGGAGUCAUAGCAAACAAAUGUCACUAUCCUCCCAGUGAUGUAUAUAUUGCUUGUGACAAGUUAUUUCACUUUUUCACUUGGUAGGUUCUGGGUCUUGCCUGAAGACUGCAGUUUGCUUUUUAAGGUGUUAAGAAUGAAUGACACACUUUUAUCUGAAAGUGAAACCUUUGUAAAAAAAAAAAAAUUGUAAAAAAGAAGAACUCAUUUGACAUUACAAGUGACCAUUUCUUAAUGUAACUUUUGCAUAUAUGAAUUUUUGUAAGUUUUGUUAUUUAUUUUUCAUUGAGAUAGCAUCAUUGUUUGUGUUUUAAAAGUAUAGGAUCUCCCCCCUUAGGUGUUGUUACCACACUGCACCCACCACCAAACCCCCCUCAGUCCAAAACACCCAUCACCAUGGCCCACUGUAAGCCCUUCCCACUUUGUCCUCACCUCACCUUCUCCCACUCCCCAACUGGCAGCCUUAAUUCUGAGAGGGUUUUUCUAUUAAAAAUAAAUUAUAUUGAUUUUUUUACUUUUGAAAUUAAAUUUUGAAUAGAUAAUAUAUUUACAUUGUUCAUAGAUAAGAAAAUAGGCCUAGUUCUCUUACCUCCUUGUUUCAUAAUGAUUUCAGGGUUUCACAAUGUAAAUGUAAAUGCAACAAAUAUAAAUAUGUAUAUAUUUUAAAAUAGGUAUUUCUUGAAACAAAAUACAUACACUGCAAACACAUCUCUCACUUGGUCUCAUUUUAACUGAUUCAAUAAGAUGCUUGGGAAAUACUGAUACGAUUCUGUGAAGGUAACAACUAUGAGUUUUGUGGACUGGGUGCUUGUGAAUAAUAGUGAUUGACUUACAAUUCUCUGAC